CACACACACACACACACACACACACACACACACACACACACACACACACACACACACACACACACACACACACACACACACACACACACACCACACACCACACACACACACACUCACACACAAUGCAGUGUACGUCUAACGCCAUAACAAGGUGCUGAACACUCGCGGACACAAUCAAACACACAGUUGCGAGAGCAAGACGAUCGUGCGUUACACUAUUAUUUUACUGAAAUGGCAGGGUUCAACUUUGAGACUCAGCUCCAAGAGAGACUUGGUGUCCCAGAUGCAAUUUGGCUUGGAUACGUCCAAGUUGACCUGAACAAACCCGAGAUAGGCCGUGGCUCGGAUGCCACUGUGUAUACAAGUGAGUUGGAGGGUCUCCCUGUUGCUGUGAAGGUCUUACAUAGUAUUUUACUCCAACAGGGCAAUGUCGGGCGUGCAGCUCUUCUGCAGCGAUUCGGCACUGAGUGCCUAGUCAUGCGGCGACUGCAACAUGAAAGAAUUGUGCGACUCCUCGGGAUCGGCAUUGCUCCCAAUCAAUCUCCGUGUAUAGUGGUAGAACUGAUGGCCGGCUCGCUAUUUGAUCGAAUUGGAGUUGAGCCAAGAGAGCCAUUCGCUCAAAGCCUUCAGUAUCUACUCGACGUGGCAGAAGGCUUGCGCUUUCUGCACGGCAAGAACAUUUUGCACCGCGAUUUGAAACCACGUAACAUCUUGGUCACGGCAGGGCGAGCCAAGAUAGCUGAUGUUGGUUUGGCCCGCACUCUUCACGGUAGUCAAGGUGCGGACGUCACGGCUUUGACACGAUGCCCCGGUACGCCUUAUUUUAUGCCGCCAGAGAGCCGACAAGUAGGAACAGCAUACGACGAGAAACUGGAUGUGUUUUCUCUAGGAGUGGUGAUGCUGUCGCUGCUUGUGGGACGACCGCCUUCCCCAACUGAAGCUACUGUUCUGCUGGAGAAUGGAACGCGGAGAUCAGUUCCGGAGGGUCGCCGACGCAAAGCAGAUCUGGAUCGACUGGGCUCGGAUCACCCACUGCAUUCUCUAAUCGUGUCGUGUCUGCAUGAUGAUCCUGGAUCUAGACCAACAUCGGCUGAUGUUCACAUGCACUUACUGCAGAUCUCACCUCACUCUAUGUCCGCAGAUCGUUAUUUGAGUCAGUUUGCAGACAUUCUGACUCAACUACAAACGAUUUCCACACAACAACAGGCAAUGAUCACCCGAGUGACAGCUGUGGAAGAGAAAGUGAACGGCAUGGAUGCAUUGAGGGAGAGAGUUUCUACCGUCGUCACUAACCUCAGUUCACUCAGCUCCAACGUGGAUACACGCUUGGCUGCAGUGGACUCACGCAUUGCCGCAGUGGAUUCACGCUUUGCUGCCCUGGAGUCACGUGCCUCCAGACAGUUGUCACCUUCACCAUCAACAGCAUCAGCAGCAGCGGCAGCAGUAGUUGCUGCAUCUCCACCACGGAAGCGUGAUUACACACAGAUCCGCAAAUCAAGGUGCUCAUUUGGUAGUCACGGCGGAGGGAGAGACCAGUUUAACGGCCCUUCGGGACUAGCAUCCAACAAAGCUGGUGACCUGAUCAUCUGUGACGCCAGAAACCACAGAAUAAAGAUACACGGUGUUGAUGGCCAGUUCAAGAAGACGACUGGUCAGAAGGGUACAAACUGUGGAGAGUUCAACUGCCCAGUAGGUGUGCAUGUAACAGAUGAUGAACGAGUGAUCAUUGUUGAUACUGGCAACAACCGACUACAGAUCACUGACAAGGACUUCUCCGAGUUCAGCACCAAAGGAAGGCAUGGAUCAGGAAUUGGCGAGUUCAGCUUCCCAUCUGGUGUUGUCCAAGUGAACCACAGCGCACUGGGCCAGUGCCUUGCACUGACGGACUCAUGGAACAAUCGGGUUCAGGUUGUGCCAUGCAGUGGUGAGACAGGAUAUGCGUUUGGAACAGAAGGUAGAGGUCAAGGCCAAUUUCAAUACCCAAGCGGCAUCACAGUGUACCACAACAGGUUGUUAAUUGCAGACGAGAAAAACCAUUGCAUCCAGGUGAUGACCGUCGAUGGAGAGUUUAUCACUUCGUUCGGUUCAAAGGGUAGCGCUUUUGGUCAGCUGCAGAGACCGGGACAUGUCACUACAGAUGCCUACGGCAAUGUUCUAGUCGUAGAUCAAGGCAAUGGACGUGUUAUGGUAUAUGCCGCAGAAACUUACACACCACUGGCUGAGUUUGGAAAAGGAGAGCUGGACGAGCCGAUGGGUGUCUGCGUGACAAAUUAA